GGUCAUUCUUUAUCAUGAAUAUAUCUUGCUAAUACAGAUUUUGUACAAGAGAAAUGACACGAAUAUGGAUCUUCCUGGUGGUUUCUGUCAUUGGCGUUUCAUCAGAUUCGGACAUGAAGAUUUUCAAACGUACUGUGACCACGCCAGGUUGUCCGACAGGGUGGAUGGCAUUUUAUGGGAAAUGCUAUUUCUUCUCGCAUAUGACUGAAACAUUCUCCGGAGCCUCGGCAUUUUGUCAAUCUUUCAACUCGAUACUUGCUGAACCCAAAACAAACACAGAAAUAGGAUACUUAUCUGGAGAGAUUAUACUUAUCGGUGUAACUGACUACUGGGUCGGGAUUUCAGACGUAAUCCAGGACAACCAUUGGAUAUAUCAUUCAUCCUUAACGCCUGUACAAUUGCAUAACUGGGGUCCACAUGAACCCAGUGGAGGGCACUGUUUGGUGAUGUCAGGAUAUUUCCACGGAAAGUAUGCAGACGUCGAUUGCAAGACACAGCGCAGGUUCAUUUGUGAAAGAUACGCGACAUUGCAGGGGACGCUAAUUGGAUAAAUUAUGUUCCAUGUUGAAUUCAUAACAUAUCAAGACUAAAAAAUAAAAUUAAAAAUAGAA